AUGACAACUCAAGCUUUUGAAGAAGGCAGCAAAAAGAGUGGUGAUGUGAUAAGCAACACCAGUGCUACAUGGGGCACUGAGCUGAAAAUGUGGCUUGGGAUCACAGUUCUAAUUUUUCUUGCUGUAUGUUUGGCUGUGGAGGAGACAACAGUUGAGGAAGGAAUCCCUUGCUCAAAGUAUCAGCUAGCUUUCAACCACUCAUGCUAUGAGUUUGUUAGACUCCAGCAAUCCUUCAGAAGUGCCCAGAGAUGGUGCGAGAGAGGAGGGGGGCACCUUGUCUUUAUUGAAAACGACGAAACUCAAGAGUUCUUGCAGAAGCAUAUUGCCGAGGAUCAGGAAUGGUGGAUAGGACUGAUCUCAAACUCCUUGCUGAAUGAAACUACUGACGGGUCAAUGAUUUGGCUGGACACCUCAAAUAUAAGCUACAGUAACUGGUACAAGGAUCAGCCAUCUUCUUUCUCAUCCACAUGUGGGUACAUCCUAAAGAAUGCCAAGUAUCAGUGGAGUGUGACUGAAAACUGCAGCCAGGAAUUUGACUUCAUUUGUGAGUUUGAAUCUGGUCAGAGCAUUGCUUGUGAUAAUUACAAUGCCACUGUACAGUGUGGGUCAGGAGAAGUUAUCCAAAUUGGAGAGACCUUCUAUGGACGGAAGACCCCUCACUACUGUGUAUUGGAAACCCCUCUCCAGUAUGAUACAGAUGAAGACUGUAGCUGGAUCAGUGUCAAAGACGAAGUAGCAGGACAGUGUCAUGGUCUUCAGGCCUGCCAGGUGUCAGCAGAUGGCGCUUUCUUUGGAGACCCUUGCCCAUCUUCAGGAAGCUAUUUGUCUGUUCAAUACCACUGCAAGGAAGGUCUGCAGCUGGUUGUAACAGAUACGUGCUUUAUCUUUGAAAACAUCACAGUCACUUUGAACUGGCUGCUCUCCCCAUACUCUGGCAACCUUUCCUGUAUCAUCAGCACUGGAGAUGGCCACACGGUUGAUCCUUACUACCCUCUAACACUGGCCAGCAGUGUCACAUACAGAUAUUCAUCUCCUGGGGAGUUCACAGUUUUUGUGGAGUGCACCACCAGCGAGUGGCAUGUGACAGCACAGAGGCGGGUGACUGUUCAAGACAAGAUGGACGAACUAAGCCUUACCGGGUGCUACAGCCAGUACGAAUCUGGGAACGGCUCUCACUGCCGAACACUCUACGGGGAGGUGUUAUGGAUCCAAGUUGAACUCAACGGAGGUAACGGAGUGACCUACACUGUACUAGCAGAUAACGUGACACUCGCUGAAUCCAGUGCAAAGGAAGGCAUUCUCCCUCACAAUCUGACACUUGACAGUGCCGCUCAAGAGCUGCUGGGUCCUGGGAUGCAUCGGCUGGAAAUCCGAGCAUCCAGCAACACCACUGCAUCAGUGAUCUCUGGGAGCAUUGCUGUUCACUUAAUUGAGCCAGUCUCUGGUCUUCAGGCUGCGUUAGCUUCUCACACUCUGCACCUGGGGGAGAAUCUGGAGAUAAACGUCUCUGUUCCUCAUGGUGCCCCAGAUAAGCUGAAGUUUGAGGUGGUUGGAUCUAAUGAAACUCACUCUCACGAGGAAGACAGCCCUGCAGGGGAACCUCAAACAUACUUCAUUCCCAUGCACUCUGAAGGUACUUUCCUAGUGAAAGUGGCGGCCAUGAAUGCCUUCUCAAACAUGAGUCUGGAUAUUGGGUUCAUCAAUGUGCUGGCAAACACUUCUCAUAAAGAAGGUUCUGCUAAGGAAAAAGGCAGCUCCAAAACAAAUACCCCAAAGACAAAAGAUUACAAAAGAAAAAACAAAAUAUAUAUUAAACCGAGUCGCCACGUGGAUCCUUUCACAACUGUUACUCUUGGCUGGCCAGAUAACAGCGCUAAUUCUAGUUUCCUCUGGUCCUGUGGAUCUUGCUGGCCUGAGUGGAAUGAAUGCGUGCAGCACCAGAUAAUCUUAACCAACCAACGAGAGGUGCAAAUCCCACCUUCCUGCCUUCCUCCUCCAAAGUCAGCAGUGACUGUGAAGGUUACAGUCCAAAACCAUGGGAAUGAAGAGAAACAGGAUGAGCAAUGUCUCUAUGUGACUUUACUGCCUGUAACUACUGCCUUACUUCCUUAUAGGUGUGAGGCAAACUGCAAGCCAGUGAACGCUAGUGAGGAAGUUGUUUUGAGUGUCUCUGGACAGAAGGACUCCCAGGCCAUAUAUUAUAACUGGUAUUUAGAUAACACAUUCCAAAACAAGUCUGCGCCCCUCCCUCCAGCCUGUAGCCUGACUGGUUUCCGGCAGAACUCUUUGAAUUUGCUUCAAAGCAACGCAUCCAUGUUGAUAAUGAACAGCUCCUUCUUGCAGACACACGGAGAAGCUUUUCAGAUUAAAGUAACAGCAGUGACUCAGCGUGGCUACGGGGAGGACACCUACCUCGUGAGCACAGUGCCUCCGCCCCAGGUCCCCAGCUGCGCUGUGUCUCCCAGGGAGGGAUCCGUGCUCACCACUUUCACAGUCUCCUGCAGCACUCCAUGCUCAGUGGAUUCAUGCCAAUCCAGGCAGCUCACAUACUGCUUCUACCUGAACUCAAGUAAGUCCCGAGAUGGAUGGUUUGGCUGCUUCCCCAUGUUUCUGGCAAGCACUGUUACUGACACUACCAAGAGCAAAGCCACAGUCUGCUUCUGCUCCUCAGAGAGUCUAAACAUGAGUCAAUCAGAUUCUCUCUUGCACUGUGGCCCAGAUCCUGAGCUCUUCCCACUUUAUCUUCCACUUGGAGAAGAGGAAAAUAAUUUCAUUGUACACGUGACAAUUACCAUUAGCAACAACUUUGGUGAUACAGUUCAAACUAAUGCUUCAGUGAAGGUUGGACACACAGGUAUGAUCGAUGGAAACCUGACCCUACAGGCCAUUGUAUCUGAGAAGGCAAACAGCAUCCUAAAAGAUGGGAACAACAGCUUGAGUCUCUUCCAGCUGUUUAAGUCAGUAACCUCAGUCCUUAAUCACGAGACCCAAGAGGAAAACUUUAACAUAUCUUUACAGACAGACACACGAAAAGAGCUGCGAGGGCUGAUGCUGACAACUCUCUCUGCUGUCAACGUAACAUCAGUGCAGACUGCUCUUCAGAUGUCAGAAGUGUUGAAAGAAAUCACUCACAGGAGUGAGGAGCUGUCUGCCUCUGCGCAGGUAAGAAGCAACUCACCUUCUGUCUCCUUACACCAACAGUAUAGACACUAUUGCACCCCACUAACCUUGGAAGAGUUUCAGUGCCUUACAGGUACCUGUUGUUUGCUCUUUUUUUUUUUGCCUGUGGAAGCUAGCAACACACUAAAAGAUGUAAGUGCUUCCUUGCUCACUGUAAACACAGAGGACAGCAGAGAUGAUCAGAAGCUAAAGGAUGCAGCCAACUACCUAUUUAACGCAGUGAGCAAUGUCCUGCAAGCUUCCGUACAAACCAGAGCUGUGAACACUUCAGUGCCAGAGGCAGAACAGAGUUCAGUGUCACACCAGCUCCUGAAUACAGUUGAAAAUCUACAGAGUGCCCUUCUGUUUGGGAAGGAACCGGAUGAUGAACCCAUGGUCAUUACCACUCAUUCUGCCACCAUGUAUAUAAACAGAUUACAGACAGAAAGCCUGGAUGGUACAGCCAUUAAUAUCUCCAAUUCCAGCUCUGCCAGCUUUGUUCUUCCAACAGCUUCCUCUCUCAGUGUUUCAGGAAUUGAUGAUGAAACAGUGGAUAUAAGGAUGGUGAGCUUUGUCAUGAAUCCCUUUUUCUCCAGCGACACCAGCUUUGACAUCAGUGGAACAGUGGGAGGUUUAAGCCUUACUGGUCUGGAUGGCUUGAUCAUACCAGUCAGCAAUCUCAAAGAAAACAUUGAGAUAAUGUUACCAAGGCAUUCUGCAACUCAGGAAAACAGGAUUCUAUUGAAUCUGGGCAAUUUUAGCACUUUCCAAGUCAACGUCACCUCAGAAAACACAUCUACAGUGAUUUACCUGGAAUGUGAACAAGACGUUCCACUAAUACUCUACUUAGGGUAUGGUUAUCGCCCUAAUGAAACUAACUAUGACCUGAAAAAUCAUCUGUUCUGUAAGAAAACUACUGGAGGUGAGACAAACACCUGGGUUCUUAGCCCAGCAGAACUCAUUUUUGGAGAGGGAACUUACUACUUCACGGUUUUACAAGAUAUGGGACUAGAUUCCACAGCCCAUGACAGGCUAACUAUAGCUGUCACUUGCUUCGCAUCCCGCUGUGUAUUUUGGGAUGAGCAGCAGGGGAACUGGAACAGCUAUGGAUGUCAGGUAGGACCAAAAACAAGUCCUAGGAGCACGCAGUGCCUCUGCAACCAUCUGACCUUCUUUGGGAGCUCCUUCUUUGUCAUACCCAAUGCCAUUGAUGUUAGCAAAACCGCACAGCUAUUUGGUACAUUUGUGGACAACCCCGUGGUGGUGACCACUGUAGGAUGUAUCUUUCUGAUAUAUGUGCUUGUAGUUGUUUGGGCUCGAAGGAAAGACAUCCAGGAUGAUGCCAAAGUGAAAAUCACAGUACUGGAAGACAAUGACCCCUUUGCUCAGUAUCGUUAUCUUGUGACAGUUUUCACAGGACACCGCCGUGGGGCAGCCACAACCUCCAAGGUGACUCUCACCCUCUAUGGACUAGAAGGGGAGAGUGAGCCACACCAUCUAACUGAUCCUGAUACGCCAGUCUUUGAACGUGGAGGAGUGGAUGUUUUCCUGCUCUGUACCCUUUUCCCUCUUGGGGAAUUGCAGAGUAUUCGACUGUGGCAUGAUAAUUCAGGGGAUAAUCCAUCCUGGUAUGUGAAUCGAGUAGUGGUCCAGGACCUUGCAUGGGACCAGAAAUGGUACUUCCUCUGUAACUCCUGGCUAGCCAUUGAUAUCGGAGAAUGCGUCCUAGAUAAAGUGUUCCCAGUAGCUACAGAACAGGACAUGAAGCAGUUCAGCAAUCUGUUUUUCAUGAAGACCUCCAAGGGUUUCCAGGAUGGGCACAUCUGGUACUCAGUUUUCAGCCGCUCCCCACGAAGCUCCUUCACACGAGCCCAGCGCGUGUCGUGCUGCUUCUCGCUGCUGCUCUGCACCAUGCUGACCAGCAUCAUGUUCUGGGGGGUGCCAAAGGAUCCAGCCGAGCAGAAAAUGGAUCUGGGGAAGAUUGAGUUCACAUGGCAGGAGGUGAUGAUUGGCUUUGAGAGCUCCCUCCUCAUGUUCCCCAUCAACCUGCUCAUUGUGCAGAUCUUCAGGAACGUACGAUCCCGGCCAGCCACGCAGGGCAGAGAGAAGAAGCCGGGAAAGAAUGGCCGGGUGUCUCCGAGCCUACCUCCCACCCCACAGGUCAGCCAGGCCGUCUCACUGACUCCAGAGGCUGUGACGAAGGACAUUAGAAGAAUUGCCAACUCACUCUUUAAAGCCCUGAAGACUCCAUCACUCACCUCAGUAUCAGAUUUUGGAAAAUCAACUAACAUCAACACGCUUUUGGCAUUGGUUGAGGACAUCAUCUGCCACCAGAACAGAGCUGGGCAAGAGUUUUACGAUGAGAGCAAAAAGAAGGAUGACCCUAUAAUUGUGACACUAGGUGCUAUGGAUAUACCAGAAAAAGCAAGAAGCCCAACUCCAGAGAAGGGAAUGUGUGAGCGACUGAAAUACAAUGAUUACAACCGUUGCUUGUACAUGCAACUCCAGCAUGUAGAGCUGGAGUUGGAAUUACUGGGGCCCCACAAAUUUCAGAUGCCUCAGAGUUAUACACAAGCUGUUCGUCAGGUUCAGCACAUGAAGAACCUCCUGGAGAACCAGAUUUGCCCAUCAGUGUGGUCUCUUACUCCAAGCUACUCUGGUGGUGGAAAGAAAAGUUCCUCUUCCAAAGGGCUGCCCUGGUGGUUUGUGUUCAUUGCCUGGUUCCUUGUGGCAGCCACUAGUGGCGUAUCUGGGUUCUUCACCAUGCUCUAUGGGCUGCAUUAUGGGAAGGAGAACUCCAUCAAGUGGCUGAUCUCCAUGGCUAUCUCCUUCUUUGAAAGUCUUUUCAUCACACAGCCUUUAAAGGUGCUGGGAUUUGCUGCCUUUUUUGCUCUGGUUCUGAAGAAGGUGGAACAUGAGGAUGAAGAAAACAUGGCCAUUGAUGGGCCUUUGUCUGCACCAGGUGAUUCAAAUCCUCUCUUGGGAGCCCGACGAGACAGCAGAAGCAAUAUUUAUCGGCCACCUCCUGCAGCUGAUGUUGAGAAAAUGAAAAUCAGCUGCAUGAAGGAGCAGAAAGCAUUUGCCCUCAUCAGAGAAAUCCUGGCCUAUGUGGGGUUUUUAUGGAUGCUGUUGCUGGUUGCCUAUGGGCAGAGAGAUCCCAACUCCUACUACCUAAACAAGCACAUCGAGAGCAGCUUUACAGAUGGAUUCCAUGAUGUCUACAGUUACCGGGAUUUUUUCACGUGGGCAAAAACCACCUUACUCAAAAAUCUUUAUGGAUCAUAUACAGGAUUCAUCACAGACGGCAACUCCAAGCUGGUGGGUAGUGCUCGAAUUCGCCAAGUAAGAGUGAAAGGAGACACCUGCCCUGUUUCUCCCAGACUGCAGCGUGUGAUUCGGGAAUGCCACGCUCCGUACUCCCUACAAACAGAAGACACAUCGGACUACGGGGAGCACUGGAACACUUCGGUCUUCGCUAACUCCUCUGACUUGAGCUCAGCAUGGCAGUACCAGAGUCAGUCCGAGCUGAGAGGGCAGCCCGUCUGGGGCAAACUUGCCGUCUACAGGGGAGGGGGAUACGUGAUUCACCUGGGAACUGAUCCUAACAAUGCCUCCAGAAUUCUCCAGUACCUUUUCAACAGCGUCUGGCUGGACACCUUCACAAGAGCAGUGUUUGUUGAAUUUACAGUCUACAAUGCCAACGUGAACCUGUUCUGCAUUAUAAGCCUGAUGUUUGAAACCAAUGCUUUAGGGGCCUUCUUCACAAGUGCAGAGCUGCAAAGUGUCCGUCUCUACCCAUACACCAACAGCCUCCACAUCUUUGUUGUUGCAGCAGAAGUAAUUUAUUUCCUCUUUAUUGUGUACUACAUGGUAGUACAGGGAAAACUGAUGAAGACUCUGAAAUGGAGAUAUUUCCACAGCAAGUGGAAUCUCCUGGAGAUGGCCAUUAUAUUGAUUAGCUGGAGCGCCCUGACAGUGUUUGUGAAGCGCACAAUCCUCGGGACUCGAGACAUCAGCUACUACCAGGAACACAAAGAGGACUGCGUAAGCUUUAAUGAAACAGCGAGAGCUGAUGCAGUUCUUGGCUACCUGAUUGCUUUCCUAGUACUCCUCUCCACAGUGAAACUGUGGCAUCUGCUGCGGCUCAACCCUAAACUAAACAUGAUCACUUCGACUCUAAGGAGGGCUUGGGGGGACAUCUCUGGAUUCAUCACUGUUAUCGCAAUCAUGUUCCUCGCCUAUUCCAUCGCUACAAACCUGAUAUUUGGCUGGAAGCUCUACUCUUACAAAACUCUCUUUGAUUCAGCAGAGACCAUGGUCAGUCUUCAGCUGGGAAUCUUCAACUACGAGGAGAUCUUGGACUACAAUCCAAUUUUAGGCUCCUUCUUAAUUGGAUCCUGCAUCAUUUUCAUGACAUUUGUGGUGCUGAAUCUCUUCAUUUCAGUGAUUCUGGUUGCUUUCAGUGAGGAGCAGAAGCACUACCAGGCUUCAGAAGAGGAGGAGAUUGUGGAUCUAAUGGUAAUGAAACUUUUCAGUUUCUUUGGGAUUAAAUGCAAGAAGGAAGAAAAGCCUGCCAGUAAUGAUCAACUGAAGUAAUCUGUCAACAAUUCACCGAUAACCAUAAUGAAGAGCUUCUUUGUUUGUGGGCAAGCGGUUUUACUUUUUAACUAUCAGCUGCAGCGGCUAGACUUAGGUCAUCGUGCUUCUGACUGAAACACCAUAGCCUCCAACACAAACUGUUGUUGAUUGAUGUUGUAACAAAGUGUUAGAUUAAGACGUUGUAUGAAACGUAAGAUAAAGUAUCCUUUGCGUACUUACAGUAGGCCUGACACCUGUAUUUAAUAAAAACCGAGUGUUUGUUGCACUGCUGGCUCAAACCGCUUGCUUUUCGUCAAGUGCGCAGCCCUGGGAGAUAGCGGCCAGGUCACCCCCUGCCUCCCCAGAGAAGGAGCAGCCACCGGGGCUUUACUGCACGUCCCUGGGGCUUCCCUGCCUUCAUC